AUGGCUUCCACCACUUCGUCUGCGCCGGCCGGCCAGAACCCCGUUCUCCGCCGCACCGUCACCAGCAACACCACCGAGACCGACGCUUCGGUUCCUUCCACUGCCAUGGCUUCACCCGUGGAUUCGCCCCGUCCUUCUGCUUCGUCGACGUCCUUGUCGUCUAUGGCUUCUGACGAUGCCGUCCUCGAGAAGAAGGCCAAUUACACCAAGCUGUACGACACCUACGGCAACGAGUUCACCCCUCCUGAUUUCACUAUCAAGGACAUCCACAACGCUAUCCCCAAGCACUGCUUCGAGCGUUCUGCCCUCAAGGGAUACGCCUACAUUGCUCGCGAUAUCCUCUGCCUCGCCACCACCUUCGUGAUUUUCCACAACUUCGCUACCCCCGAGUACGUGCCUUCCAAGGCUGUUCGUGUCGUUCUCUGGGGCAUCUACACCAUUCUCCAGGGUCUCUUUGGAACCGGUCUCUGGGUCAUUGCCCACGAGUGCGGUCACCAGGCCUUUUCGCCCUCCAAGACCAUCAACCACGCCACCGGCUGGGUUCUUCACUCGGCUCUCCUCGUCCCUUACUUCAGCUGGCAGAUCUCCCACAGCAAGCACCACAAGGCCACUGGCCACAUGGAGCGUGACAUGGUUUUCGUGCCCCGCACUCGCGAGCAGCAGGCCACCCGCGCCGGCCGCUUGGCCCACGAAGUCGGCGAGCUGGCUGAGGAGACCCCCAUCUACACUCUCCUGAUGCUCAUCGCCCAACAGCUCGUUGGCUGGCCCAACUACCUCAUGACCAACGUCACCGGCCACAACUUCCACGAGCGCCAGCGUGAGGGCCGCGGCAAGGGCAAGCACAACGGUGCCGGCGGUGGUGUCAACCACUUCGAUCCCAGCAGUCCCAUCUUCGAGGCCAAGGAUGCCAAGCUCAUCAUCGCCUCUGACAUUGGCGUAGGCAUCACCAUGGCCGUCCUCACCCUGCUCGGCAACAAGUUCGGCUGGUCCAACCUCCUGGUCUGGUACUUCAUUCCCUACCUCUGGGUUAACCACUGGCUCGUUGCCAUUACCUUCCUCCAGCACACCGACCCUACCCUUCCUCACUACACCGCUGGUGAGUGGAACUUCGUCCGCGGCGCCGCUGCCACUAUCGACCGCGAGAUGGGCUUCAUCGGACGCCACCUCCUCCACGGCAUCAUCGAGACCCACGUCCUUCAUCACUACAUCAGCACUAUCCCCUUCUACAACGCCGACGAGGCUUCCGAUGCCAUUAAGCCCGUUAUGGGCAAGCACUACCGUGCUGACGUCAAGGAUGGUCCGGUUGGCUUCAUCAAGGCCUUGUACAAGUCUGCGCGCAUGUGUCAGUGGGUUGAGCCUAGCGCUGAGGCCCAGGGCGAGGGCAAGGGUGUCUUGUUCUUCCGCAACCACAACGGUCUCGGCACUGCCCCUAUCAAGGGUGCGGUGAACUAA